AUGAGACGGGUUUUAAGCUAUCCUUGACGCAUGCGCAAUACGUUAUUUGGCGCGAAAUGUACACAAAUCAUUUUUUUGCAAGUUAACAAGUUCGAAAAGCCUCUGAUCCUUUAAAAAUCAUGAGUAAAUCAGAUAUAAGGAAUUUCUUCAGCUUAGGUGCAGCCAAGAAGACUGAAAAUAGGUCAACAGCAGAAAAAAGUAAGGACUCUGACACUGGUUUGACGAAAAUCAAGAAUGGCAAAGAACAUCAUAAAAAUGACCUUCCCAUCUCAAAUAAAGUUAAUACAAAAGACAGUGAUAUAAAUGGGAAUAAAAAGAAUGAAAAUGAUUCUAAGAAGAAAAAAGAAAGCAAAAGUAGGGAUAAAAGUCGUGAUAAAAUUGACUGUAAAAACAAAUCGAGAAAAUCUGAUAAGAAAGUGGACAUAGAUAUUAGUGAAGAUGUCAUUGAAAUAGAUGAUGAUUCUCUUCCUGAAGCACCUGUGAAGGAUAAAAAGAAAGAUAAAGCAAAGAAAAAAGGUCAGGAAAAAGAUGUGGAAGAAGUUCCUGUUGAGAAGAAAAAAGGAAAGAAAAGAAAGAAAGAGGUAUCAAGUGAUGACGACUUUGAUGUAAAGAUUGAAGAUGACGAUGAUGAUGACAUGGUCGUUAGAAAAUCGAAAACCAUGAAGAAGAAAGGAAAGAAAAUACAGAAACUUCUAGACUCAGAUUCAGAUGAGGACCCUUUUCCAAAAGACAAAAAGCAAAAAAAAUCCAAGAAGAAGCAGACGGUGGUUCAUAUAGGAGGAGCUGAAGAAUGCAUUGAAGAGGAGGUUAAACCAAAGAAAACCUUCCUGGAUAAUUUUUUAACAAGUCCAAGCCCAAGUAAAACAGCUAAACGCAAGACUGAAGCGGAAAAACAAGAGGUGAAAGGUCAGGAGGUGAAAGUUACGGAUUUCUUUGGAAAGUCAUCAAUACAUCGAGUGGAGAGAAAGAUUAUACAUGUUGAGAGAAAACCAGAAAAGAAGGAAGAGAAAAAGGACAGUAUAAGCAUGGAGGUAGAUGACAUAGAAAUGCACAGUGAUGAUGAGUUUGAACGAACUUUAGAACUUUUAGAUGAAGAGGCAAUUACCUGUUCUAAGAAGACAGAAGACAUUAAAGCAGAGAAGAGUGAACCUGUGAAAGAAGAGAAAGGGUUUUUAAAGAAAAACCAGUCUCACUCGCCCAAGAAAGCCAAAAUGGAAUUUGUUAUGCAUCGUACUGAGAGAAAAGCGGACAAAUCUCCAACAAAGCCAAAGGAUUCUCCGACAAAGCCCAAGGAAUCUCCGACAAAACCGGAAAUGAAAACGCCCCCAAGGAAAACUCCUGAAAAGGGAGAUAAUAAAACCGGGAGUGCAGAGAAGAAAAUCAGCCCAGCAAAAACUGACUCUAAUACUCCAGGCACUAAAGGUACUGGCUACAGGUCCUAUUUGAAUAGAGCUGGGCCACAGGCUCUAGGCUCUAAGGAAAUUCCCGAGGGAGCGGAGAAUUGUUUAGAGGGUCUGACAUUUGUUAUAACUGGUGUACUAGAGUCAUUUGAGAGAGAUGAAUCAAAGAGCAUGAUAGAGCGGUAUGGGGGCAAGGUGACUGGUAAUAUUAGCAAGAAGACCGACUACCUAGUAGCAGGAAGAGAUGCUGGACAAAGUAAAAUGACUAAGGUAUAUACAGAGCCUGAUCAGACAACACAGAAGUGGAAGGAGAAUUCUAUGAAUAAAACACCAAGUGGGAAAUUAGAUUCUUUUAAAAGAGACAAUACUACAGAAUCUGAAAGUGUUAGUAGAUUACAAAGUUCAUCAUCUAGGUCGAAUAGCCAGUCAGAAUCAACUAGUCAUGACCAAUCAGUGAACAGAAAUAAAAUUCACACAGACAAUCCUCAGUCCUCGUUACUGUGGGUCGACAAAUAUAAACCAACUCAGAUGAAGCAGAUAAUUGGUCAAACUGGUGAUAAAAGUAACGCUAAGAAAUUACUUCAUUGGUUAAAUAACUGGCAUAAAAACCAGUCAGCCGGGGUUAAACCAGUGACGGGAAAGUUUUUUGGACGUGGUGGAAGUGAUGACGGGGCGGGAUUUAAAGCAGCGUUGCUGUCGGGGCCUCCAGGUAUAGGAAAAACAACAACGGCAACAAUUGUGUGUAAAGAAGCUGGCUUUUCUUUUGUUGAAUUGAAUGCCUCUGAUACAAGGAAUGCUAAAAGUUUAAAGGAGGUUGUGUCUCAGUCUGUAGGUAACACAAGUAUAGUAGACUACAUUGGAUCUGGCUCAUCGACCACACACGGACUCAAACAUUGUUUGAUAAUGGACGAGGUGGAUGGUAUGAGCGGGAAUGAGGACCGUGGAGGCGUACAGGAAUUAGUGAAUUUGAUUAAGAACACAAAAAUUCCAAUAAUCACAAUGUGUAAUGACAGAAACCAUCAAAAAAUGAGAACUCUAUCAAACCAUUGUUUUGAUCUGCGAUUUCAACGACCCAGGGUGGAACAAAUUAAAGCUGCUGUGAUGUCUAUAGCUUUUAAAGAGGGUCUGAAAAUUCCCCCUCCAGCUGUUAAUGAAAUUAUACUGGCAGCUAAUCAGGAUAUGAGACAGGUAAUACAUAAUUUGUCCAUGUGGACUGCAGCAGACAAGGUGAUAACUUAUGAUCAAGUCAAGACUGAUGCACAGCAUGCCAAGAAAGACAUGAAAAUUGGACCAUUUGAUGUUUGUCGUAAAGUAUUUGUAGGUGGUGAGGAGACAAAUAAGAUGACCAUAAAUGAUAAAUCAGAUUUGUUCUUCCAUGACUACAACAUAGCGCCAUUGUUUGUACAGGAGAACUAUAUACAUGUUAUACCAUAUGCAGCGAGGGGUAGUGCAAGUCGUCAUUUAUCGUUGUUGGCUAGGUCAGCUGAUGCACUAUGUGUUGGUGAUGUCUGUGAAAGGAGAAUCCGCACAAGUCAAAGCUGGGGUCUUUUACCUUUAGAGGCAAUGUAUGCUAGUGUGUUACCGGGAGAAUAUAUGAGGGGCAACAUCACUCAGAUGAUCUCGUUCCCAAGUUGGCUUGGUAAAAACUCUACAACAGGGAAAAAUGAAAGAAUUUUACAAGAAUUAAGGACGCACAUGAGGCUUCAGAUAUCGGGGGAUAAGAAAAGUUUGAACCUAGAUUAUCUCCCAUUUCUACGUCAGUCCCUCACUGAACCUUUAGUAAAGAAGGAGGCAGAGGGUGUACCAGAUGUAAUUAAGUUAUUGGAUGAUUAUGACAUUGUUAAAGAUGAUUUUGAUAACAUUAUGGAUAUUACAAAAUGGCCAAAUAGUAAAGAUCCUUUAAGUCAACUUAGUACAAAGACAAAAUCAGCAUUUACCCGUACUUACAAUAAAGAAGUGCAUAUGACACCAUACUCAACGGGAGUGGCUACAAAGAAGAAAAGAGGAGGAGGUGGAGCUAGCACAGAUGAGCUGGAUUUGCUGGGUGAAGGGGAGGAAGGAGGCGGGGCUAAUGAGGAAGAGGAGGAGGAAGAUAAAGAUGAUUUAGAAACAGAUACUAUGAUAAAAAAGAAAACAAAAGCCGCAUCUUCUACAAGUGGUAAAGGCAAAGGAAAGGGUCCUGCAAAAGGAAAAGGGGAGUCAAAGGCCAAGGGAAAAGGAAAAGGAAAAUCAUGACAGAAAAAAAGACUUUGAAAUGGUUAGAUUGAAAAUAAAAAAUUUAAGGACAGAAUUUGAAAUAAGUGGCAUGGUUAAACAGUGGAAAAUAUGGAAAACCUUUUAAAACAUAUCAUUUGUCACCUAUGGAUAUCACUCGUUGAUAAACCAUGGCAUUACCGAGUUGAUCAACAAUCCUAAUGUGGAAAUUUCUGGGCUUGAUUGUCAAAUAAAAUUGGAACCAAACAGAUGAGAUUGAAACACAGGAAAUAACAUUGGAAAGAUUCAGAUAACAUUUGAAUUAAUUAAAUAACAUUGGAAAGAAGCAAAUAACACUGGAAAGAAGCAAAUAACAUUGGAAACGAAGCAAGUAACAUUGGAAUGAAACAAAUAACAUUUGAAUGAAACAAGUAACAUUUGAAUGAAACAAAUAACAUUGGAAUGAAACAAAUAACAUUGGAAUGAAAUAAAUAACAUUGGAAUGAAACAAAUAACAUUGGAACAAAGCAAGUCACAUUUGAAUGAAACAAAUAACAUUAGAGCAAUGCAAAUAGCAUUGGAAGGGAAAAAAACUUGCACAAUCAACCUCAUUAUUUUCAUUAGCUCAAAUUAUUGAUAUAAAACAUAGAACAUUUUAAUCUAGUCCAUUAUUUUGAUGCUAUGACAUCUUGGUUGUGCCAGGUAGUUAAUUGGUUUGAGUGACCAAUAUAGGAAAGGGAAUAAAUAAGCCACUGAUAAAAAAAAUCAUGAUAAUUAGCCAAGUUUGACUUUCAACCCAUAUAAUGUCAAUGUUUCUUGUUGUGUUUAUUAAACCAAGUAAAUAUAUUGCUAAUAUAGCAAUUUUCUUGGUAUAUUAGUAACUGUAUUGCUUGUAUUUAUAGUGCUGAUUGAAAGGCAAUAUCUGCUGAUGCAUUUGAUUCAAUAAAUGUAUUAGUAAAUGUAA